CGAAGAUAUUUUAGCUGCUGGUGGUCGUGUGUGCGCGAGUGCGAGGCAAAAGCCAGCGAAAAUAAUUUAGAGAAAAAGUGUGCGAAAUCGCGUUAUUUUAGACAAAUUCCAGCACCGGAGUGUCGCGGGCAACGCGAUAAGCUAGGAGUUUCCAGGUUGGCAUCUGGGAUCUUGUGUUCCCGCGGGAUAGAAGAGUGCCCCCCAAUCGAAAAGUGUGCAACGCGAUAAACAAGAAGAAGAAACGGGGGCUUCAUCGCGUAUAUUUUUCUUUCUGCUUAUCCGUCGUCGCGGGUUGCUGCGAUCGUCGCUGUCCGUGUGUGUUUGUGUGCGUUCACUCGCACAGCUUUGUUAAAAAAAAAAAAGAAGGCAACAAGAACAAACGCAAAUGGUUGCGCUCGGAGCGUGAAGAGUGAAAAGUGUGUAAAAUCCGCCUUCAUUUCCAUUCUGGACUCGAAAUAAUUUCGUGACCCAUCGCAGCGGAAAAUCAUGGUCAAAGGACGCCGCACCCGUCAGGCGGCCACCGUUGGCCAGGUGAUGGCCGCAGCGACGGCCACCACAACAGACGACACCGCCAGCCCGAAGCGUAAAGAUUUUAAAUUUGACAACAAUAGCCCUUCCCAGCACUUUACCAACAAUAACAACAACUCUCAACUACUGACCAAUGGCCGCAAACCGGCCGUCGAGGCGAUGGUCCUGCGCGGUGGACGAACCAAACUGAACGGCAUCGACCGGUACUUUACGAGCAGCGGAAAACCGUCCUCGCCCGGACCGACGGAGCAGAACGUGAUUGACCUAACGGACGACAACACGUCGGAGUCGAUCGCCGAGUCGCCGCUGAUGGUGCUCGGGUUCGCCGCCGCCGCCGUGGCCAACAGCAAUCCCGCGAGUAACAUCUUCCUGCAGGAGCCGGUGCUCAGCUUGAACAUUGACAAAAGCUGCCCGGCUGUUGGACAGUCUUCGAGGGUCAUCAUCAAAAACAGCUUCUUCGGGACGGAGAUGCAGACGCAGUUUUCCCCGCCGAAGUGUGAUCCGGUGUGGGGAGGAGUAGGAGGAGGAGUCGAUGUCCUCAAGCGGGAACCGUUGGACUUUGCACUGGACCUGUCGAAGCCCACCCAGGUCACGGAGAUUGAUUCGACCACGUUCCACGACAGCAGUUCGUGCGACAGCGGAGACAGUGGAGUGGUCAUCCUGCCUGCCAUCACCAAUAUUGCCGCCGGAGGACCGUUACAGUUUGAACCGUCGACGCCCGGGGAGGGUAAGAGGAGGAAACCGGCCACGCCGCACCGAAUUGUGUGCCCUUCGCCAGUGAAGAGCUCGUCGAUUGUCGCCAGCCCGUCGUCUGCGUUGUCACAUCUGAACAUCCAGAGCAAGCGGCAACCCCGGAAGAACGUCAAGUCGAAGCGGAGACUCCACACCAAGGAACUGGAAAACGCCCUCGAAGAAGCGGCAACCAGCGUGCCUACCAACAACAGCAGCGUUCCGGAAGCCUCCCCAAUGCUCGAGACUGGAGCCGUAGUAGGAGGAGCAGCUACCGCCACCGCCGCCGCCACUCUCACGGGAAUGCUUCCACCUGCCGCCACCGUCAAGCCAGCGACGCUUCUCCAGAAGCAGAAGCAGAAAAAGCCGGUGCUAAACACGGCUGCCAAUCCGACAGCUUUACAAAACACCAACAACAACAACCAAAGUCGAGCAAACAGCGCGGCAGCCGCAGUCGCCGCCAACAAAAAGGUCACCGACUACUUCCAGGUGCGUCGCAGCGUGCGGAAAACCAAGAAGGAAGUCCAGUGGGAGCGGGACCGCGAUCUCGAGCGGGCGAUCUACGAGCAGCGAGAGUCCGGACUGACGAUUGUCGAGUUCGAGGGCAAGGGCCGAGGCAUUGUGACCACGCGAAAGUUUGCCCGCGGGGAGUUUGUCGUCGAGUACAUCGGCGAUCUGAUCGACAUGGCCGAGGCGAAGCUGCGCGAGCAGGAGUACGCCGAGGACGACAGCACGGGAUGUUACAUGUACUACUUCAAGCAUCAGAACGUUCAGCACUGCAUCGACGCCACCGCCGAGAGUGGCAAGCUGGGCCGGUUGGUGAACCACUCGCGGAACGGCAACCUCAUGACCAAAACCGUGCUGGUGAACGACCUGCCGCACCUGGUGCUGCUUGCCAAAGAGGACAUCCCCGAGGGCGUCGAGGUGACGUACGAUUACGGCGACCGGUCGAAGGAAGCCCUGCAGCACCACCCGUGGCUGGCGUUCUAGAAGUGCUGAGUGAGUUUUGCGUGGCCGCGCCGCCAUACUUUAAAAGUAUUUUUGAUUUUGGGGUGAGGCGUUGCAAUGUUCCUCGUUGAGUUCCAAUUGAUGAAGUUCGGCAGUUUCAACAGCACACACACACACAUUAUGAAGGUUCAAUUGGAAUCGUCACAGUAAAAUUAUAUGCUACUAUUAGUUAAUUUCACAACAAUAACAACAACAACAACAAAAAUACAAAUGUCGAUCAGGAAUGCUGUAAGAGUAAUAAUUUAUUUUUUUUAAUAUUUUUUUUCCUUUUCGUUUUGUGCACUUUACAUUACGAAUAUUCAUCUCGAACUUGGAAUCCUUUCAGGGUGGUUCUUUAAUAUUCUGCGUCGGUUGUUCAGAUUCUUGACGCUAGGUCAAAAGAUUCAAAUGCCGAAAGAUUAAAUCCCACAGGUAUUUUCUCAAUGUCUGAACUUAGAAGUUGUGUUUAAUUCUUCUGUAGAAUCGCAAAAAUUUGCUGUUUGGUUUCCCUUGCAUUUUGGGCACUUUUCUUCUAAAUAUUGCUACUCUACUCAAAAAUUAUCAAAAAAUGCUAUAGAUUUUUUGGUGCUUUGACAAUUUUUUAACACACUGUCAACCAAAGCUUGCGAUCAUUCGACAUUUUUAACGAAUGGUGCCUGAGCUCUUCAUUAGCUUGAACGUACACACGGCACCCCACCCGACUCUCGUUCGUUUAACUUUCUACCGAAAUUUCAAUCACUUGGCCCAUGACUGCAUUCAAAUGAUUGCUGUAACCACGCAGCACCAAACGAGCCAAAAAGAGAGAGUCUAUGUCACCCUGUCGGGCGACUGCAUGAGUGUCGAGCUUGGUUCCGUUCGUUUCAACUUUGUGUGCGAUCACUGACGGUCGCUCCGAUAUGACGGUCAUAGCAGGCGGCGCUCUGUGAGAGCAUUGAAACAUCGAGGGCGAAGAAGAAUGCUGGCUGCUUUGCACUUUCAAACGUCGCGCAUUCUCAGUCACGCAACUCUUGGUAAAGCGGCCAGGCCUACUUUGUAAAGUUAACAGCAGAGAUGAUUCAUUGGACUGGGCACGAGAUCUUUCAAGGAUCGUUCAACCGAAAAAUUAUCAACCUUCUACAGGAGAUUGGAGCAACUUUUUUAGAGAAACUAGAGAGCCACCCUAAUAUUUAUCGGAUCUGGCGUUUGUAAUUGCGUAAUUGUUCACAGUAAUUUCACAAGUACACUUUUUUUUCGUUUAUUCAAUAAGUAAGUCAGCAAGUAGUUCUAGGUUCUGAAGUUUAAAGUAGACUUUAUUUAUUUCAACCGGAGUGAAACAAUUGACAGAUUUUUCCUAUAAAAUAACAAACAAAUCAGCAAAGAAAGAAAGAGAGAGAAAGUAUAUAAGUUUGUGUUGUUCAACAAUUGCCUCUAACCUUAUAACAUACAUACAUAAAAUAAUACACACCGCAAAGCCUAACUUAUACGCAAUUACGAUAGGACGUAGAUAAUAUACAACUAAACAAAAAAGCUAAACUGUGUUUGCUGAAAGAGGAAAAGAGCCGAGAGAUGGGGGAGUUAGUAACACCCACACAAAGAAACUGCCAUUUUGUUUCGGAAAAAUGAUUUUAUUGCACGAAACGGAUUAAACAAACACAUUGUCGUUUCGUUUCGUGUCAGUUUAGUCAACAUGAGUUGUUUUACUUAUUUCCUGAGAGACAAGAGUCGGAAAAGUGAUGACCCGAGAAUGACCAAAACCAACAUUUUUUCGAAAUAUGUAUGUCGUAGGUUUGUUAAGGCACACUUUGUAGGUAGAUUCGUUUAAAGUUUAGAGUUUGGUUCUUACCAUAUAUAAUUUACCAUACAGCACAGUACAAUUCGUCGACGAGGGAGGGAAUGUAAAACUAAAUUGUACUCCGGAGAUGGUCUCGAUAGAACCAUGCCGCGUGUAUUAAAGUUAAAUAACUAAAUUAAUACGUAAGAUCAAAGUUAGAGAAGUGUUUGAGCAUUAUAUCUCGUUUGAUAGUUUGAUUUUUUCCUAGACUUGUAAGGUAAUUGAAAAAAACUCUACCCAGCAGCAUUGCUUCAGUUGGAACAAACGCAGUUUUAGUUGGAAUCCUCACUUUUUUUGUUGUUCUCAGAGGAAUGCUGAUGAAAUGAGGAAAGGUUUGAAAACGCUCUAGGAAUGUAUUUAUAAAUUAAAUCUUAGCGUAGAAUCAGACACAAAUAUACUUAAAAGAAAAACACCGAUAGUACUAACAUACAAAACCACGUAUUAGCUGCUAGAAUGAUAGAGUUUAAAUUUCUUCCCGAGCAAUCCGUUUCAAUUUGUAAAUUAAAGAAAGUGGACAAAUCUCCCCUAUCAUAAAUGCAAACCCUUUGGGAGACCGCUCAGUCAGUCUUUCUAAGAGUCAUUUGAACACACACGAUAAUGUAUCAACAAUAUCUACUACAAUUGAGAGCAUAAAAAGAAACAAAUCUCCGAUGUUUGUGCAACAAACAAAAAACCGCCUCUGUAGUUAGCUAUUCCUUGAGCCCACUUUUGUUUUAACUCUGCAAACAUGCAAACUGCCGGAUCCGUUUGUGUCUACUACCCGAACAAAACAAAAAACUGUUGCUGCUGCUGAGAGAGAAAGCAAAGAACGUUAACAAAAAGCUCGCCGAUCGUGGCAGGAAAGAGUUACAAAUCAGGUUCUAAACAAAACAAAAAUACGCGGAUGCGACCGAUCGAUUUGAGGGGACCAUGUUCCCCGUUCUUUUUCCGCUGGAUGUAAUGUAAUGCUUCUAAAGAAAAACACAAACACAACAGAAAAAACGUAGUUGUUAGAGUUUUUUGUUGACGGAGAGAAAAAAAUGCAAAUGAGAGAGAAUGGAAACAUAUACAUUGUUACGGAAAUUUAGUUACGAGCCGCGGACGGAGCGAGCUGACGCGAUUAGUUUGUAGGGCGCGAUUUAAUAUCGACAUAUUAUACUUAGAGAUCCAAAAAACCAGAAGAAGAAGAUAAAAACAAUAUCGAUGUAUGUUUAUACACCACAUAAUGAUUAAACAUUUUGAAUGAA